AUGACGGCGGGACUCGUUUCAUCUUUCGGAAGGUGUGGCGGGGCUGCAGCUGCGCUUUCUACGGUGCUACACACUCGUCAGCCACUUCCAUUUGUUUUUUUCACCAAGUGGGCGAUGCACGACUUUCAUACCUCCCGUUGGUCCCGCGCCAGGUCCGAUUCACAGCUUCGCCGUACACAUCUUGGUAGGAAGUGUACUGAAACACCCAUGAUGGAAAUGGUUUCGGUAAACCGUUACGGCGGAAAUGCAAAACGUGAGGCGUUGGCACUGGCUUUUCGUACGUACCGUAGUGUGUGUCAAUCAUCCGAGACCCUGCAAGCUGGACGAGAAGCCGUGUCUCAAGUUCAACUGGAUGACUUUGCAUUUGGAGACGACGAAAUGGAAGAGGUUGCGACCGAUUUCGCAUGUCUUUACCUUAAUGCCACUGUGCUUUUUGUGUCUCCACCCUCGGAGGAGAUGAUGGUGGGACUGCUCUCUUGUCUAUCAAAGGUGCUGCACAACUCAUUCCACUGGGAAUGUGUCCUCUCUGUGCUUGUUGCAUUACUGCAUCCAGAGGCAACAUCUGCCAGGGUAUUUGUCACAGCUUUUACCAUGAUGCUACGUGAAUCACUGGGCGAAAGCGUACCAAAAACCUUCUCACGUGACGGUGUAGUGUUGUUGCUGCUUUCCGUAGCACGAGCCACUGCUAUAUUACGUGAAAAUGAAGCGUCGAGUAAAGAUAUGGUCUACCUCCUUGCUCUCCAACAGAAUGCCUUGGUGGAACUGUGUUGUACACCGGGAGCGGCCCCUUUACCACGGGAGGAGCUACUUGUUCUAACGGACGCCAUCUGUUGGCGGUUUGCAGCCACCGGAGGGUGCUUACACUUGCGUGAGCCGUCACUUGACAGCGUGGUGAAGCAGCUGCAACUAUCGAGUAAGGCAGUACUUGAUGUGCUGGUGGUGUCGGAGUGCACAAAACUUUUCUGCGCUUCGUGUUUAGCUUUGGUCCCGCCUAGUUCAGAGGGGAAUCCGCGGCCCCAGUGCCAGCACCAGUGGCAGACGACGCUCGAUCCCCUCGUUUCUCAUCUGGACCGUUUAGUCCGCGUACACUCCAUUGUAGAUGCUCUCUGUGUGUUCGUUGGGCUUUCGGUAAAUGGCGAUGCGAGAGCCCGGUAUCGUAAAUAUCCAUUGGCACUCCUGGAGCAUCUACAGGAAGAACAAGACGUGGGAAAUAUAUUUACUGAGUUGUUGAGGAGCGGCGGCAGCGAUGUCUUCGCUGCCCUGACUAGUACCUUAACUGAGUUACGCAACAGCGGAGAGGAUGACUUAGCAGAUGCAGUAAGCCCCCUGUUAAACGCACUCUCUACAGAGGUACCGCGUGCGGCAGCGUCGUCCUCGUGA